AUGGAAAGUUUGCUUCCAGCAGAAGAUCCUUCAGUAGCUGAGACGUUAGUCGAAGAAAUUGAAAAACUACUUGAUCAAAUGGAUUUCAAAACUGACAAGUUUGAAUUUCAUCCGCCUUCAAAUUCGAAUGAUAUCUCACUUGGUCAGUUAGUACAAGGCUGCUCAUCUGGUUCAAAAGGAAAAGCAUCUGCUUUAAGUAGUAAUGCAAAGUCAGAAUAUAGAGGCACGAUGGCACGAUUUCAACCUUUAGCUCAAACUCAAAAAUUCAUGAUCGAAAGUGAGCACCCUUCUCCUCAGUCAUAUACUACAGCUGUUCGAACAACUAAUCUAACUAAAACAAUUGUCGCACAGCCUUUAAAGACAGAAUUGACUGAUCAUCGAGUGUACUACGAAAAAAUGCCGGCGAAUCCACAAUAUUCAUUCGAUAUUGAUAUUGUUCCGAAAUAUAUAGCUGUGUGGGAUCAAUCAAUUUUUGUUUGCUGCGACGAGGGCAAAGUUUGUGUUUUUUCUACUUCUCAUGCUCAAGUGCCAAAAUAUUUUUCCAGUUUUUC